CCGACAAGGUUCCAGAGCAAUGUUGACUUUGUUCGACAAUGUCCUUUUUACGCGUGGCACCUAGCUGACAAUGUCGAGGUUGCGACAUAGAACUGGUAUAAAAUGGAGGCAGUCAGUCCAUUGACGAUUCGUCGUUGUCCUCAAGUCCAACCUCAGUAUUUACUCGGUCUUCCCGUGUCUCUAAUAUUCUCUCGUUCCCAAAUCCCUCUCAUUUUGUGUUGCGCCUUCCUUGCCCUUCUAGAUGGUUCGCAUCCAUUGGUCUCUGUUAUCCAAGGAAGGAGUCAAGAAGGCAGGGCGACUAGCUCAGGGCUACUUAUACACUUCUGGAGCUCCAGUGCAAGAACCAGAUUCUACUGAGAAGCCCAAACCGCAACCCCUCACCCAAGCAGAACGCGACGAGAUUGAGAAAGAGCGCAUGCUCGCCAUGGUUCGUCGCGGUCUAAAAGCCCAUCCCGUUAUCUUUGUGGGGAAUGUCCCUCCUACUUUCGCUUACGACGAGCUCUAUAACUUCUUUUCCUCUAACUGUGGCAAAGUUCGUAGCCUUGAAAUUCGGUGCAGUCAAGGAUGUCCAGUGCCGAUGGAAUCCCGUGGGCCUGGCUAUACUCCGAGCAUCUACUAUGCCACCGUCGAAUUCUACAGCCAUACUGCUGUUCAUAAAGCGCUUUCCAAGCCUACCAAGUUCAAGGGCGUGACGCUGCAGAUUACUAUCUCCAGACGAUUGCUGCCGGAAGUGAGGAGAUAUAUUGCCAAUAUGUCUAAAAAUAAGGAUUCCAAGCAGACAAACGGUGCUGGUCCUCGUCGUUCUAUACCCUACCGAGAGCAGGGAACUCUUAUUUUGCCUGACCCGUCCCCCGACGUGAAUAUGGUGGUUGGGGUAGGAUUUCCCAAGACCAUUGUGUAGAAGACGGUAGCAUGUACUUGGUAGAAUGCAUUGAAUGUCGCCAUAUUAAGUUCAGAAUGCU